CAUGGCGAAAUUCGCGUCUCACUUUUAAAACAUUUUAAACAAAAAACGCACUUAAACCAUAGCCAUGGCAGACAGCAGCGCCGCUGAACAGGAUGUCGAAAAUGUCAUCCGCAUUAUGGUGGCCACCGACAACCACUUGGGCUACGGCGAGAAGGAUGCAGUGCGCGGCGAGGACAGUUUUACCGCCUUCGAGGAGAUACUGGAGCUGGCCGUGGCCGAGGAUGUGGACAUGAUACUGCUCGGAGGCGACUUGUUCCACGACGCUGUGCCCAGCCAGAAUGCCAUGCACAAGUGCAUCGAAUUGUUGCGUCGCUACACGUUCGGUGACAAGCUGGUGUCCCUGGAGAUAGUCAGCGACCAGGCGCAGUGCUUUCACAAUGCCGUCAACCAGACGGUGAACUACGAAGAUCCCAAUCUGAACAUUGCCAUUCCGGUUUUCUCCAUUCACGGCAACCACGACGAUCCGAGCGGCUUUGGGCGCCUCAGCUCGCUGGAUCUGCUGAGCACAUCCGGGCUGAUCAACUACUUUGGCCGCUGGACAGACCUAACCAAGCUCGAGAUCAGCCCGAUCCUCAUACGCAAGGGCGAGAGCCAGCUGGCGUUGUAUGGCCUCAGCCACAUCCAUGACGGUCGCCUGGCGCGUCUCUUCAAGGACUUCAAAGUGACUUUCGAGCGUGCUGGCCCUGGGGGCGACGAUGCCAGCACUGCUGACGCCGCGGAAGACGAUUGGUUCCACCUGAUGGCUGUGCAUCAGAAUCGCGCAGAUCGUGGUCCCAAGAACUAUCUGCCAGAGGAGCUGCUGCCGGACUUUCUGCACUUGGUCGUCUGGGGGCACGAGCACGACUGCCGCAUUGAGCCCGAGUUGAAUGCAAAGAAGGGCUUCUACGUGUCGCAGCCGGGCUCAUCGGUGCCCACCUCCCUGUCGGAGGGCGAGGCCAAGAAGAAGCACGUCGGCCUGCUGGAGAUCUACAAGACGAAGUUCAAGCUGAAGGAGCUGCCCCUGCAGUCGGUGCGUCCGUUUGUCUACGACUCAAUUGUGCUGCCCGACAAGGCCGAAGAGCUGGGCCUGAACGAGGGUGAUGCCUCCACAAAGGUCUACAAAUUCGCACGCGAGCGUGUGGAGUCGAUGAUUGAGAAGGCCAAGGCCCAGCUCACGGGUCAUCCGAAGCAGCCGGUGCUGCCUUUGAUACGCCUGCGGCUGCUCUACACCGAUGAGUCGUGCAUGUUCAACACGAUUCGCUUUAGCCAGAUGUUCAGCACGCGCGUGGCCAACGCACAGGAUGUGGUGCUGUUCAGCAAGCUGGUGAAGCGCGCCAAGGGCGAAAAUGUCCAACUGGACAAGGAGGCCAUGAGACACGCACUGGAAGCGGAGAAUGCCACUCGCAUGGAUGAGUUGGUGGAACGCUACUUCGAGGAGACCAAAACCAAGAAUCCGCUGAAGCUUUUCCACUCGAAGGCGCUGGCAGAGAUGACCUAUCGCCUGGUGGAGUGUCGCGAUGCCAAUGCAGCGGAAAAUAUUGUCAAAUUCUACACUGAAAAGGCUGUGGAACAUUUGAUGGAAACCAUGCCCAACGAUGAGAACAUCGAUGAUGAGCUGCAGAAUUUCAGGGAGCGCUUCAAGCACGAGGAUCUGCUCCAAAUGCUAGAUGCACGCGGCGUCAAAACUAAGGAUGAGAGCUCCGUUUUUGCAUCGAAAGAUGAUGCCAACGGAUCCACUGCAGCAGCCACUAGCCGUGGACGUGGAACGCGUGGACGUGGAGCUGCUCGUGGUCGUGCAGCGGCCACAAGUGCUGCCACACGAGCCAAGCCACAGUUGGAUGCUUCUGUGAAUAAUUCGCGCUCCUCGGGCAGACAGCAGACGCUACUAAGCAGCGUUCGAGGCGCUAGGAACGGCCCGUCCUACGUUAUAUCGGAUUCAGAUUCAGAUUAAUUUGUAUUACUCAGUGCCAUUAAUUGAUUGAAAUGCCUAGGGGCCCUAAAUGUUUCAUAUAACUUCGGGGCCUCAACCAAUGCACAUUCCUCAGCGCU